AUGGCGACGACAUCCACAUCAACGCCGGCCUCGACCUCGACGUCCACGCCGAAAUAUAACCUCCGCAAUCCCCUCCCACUCUCCGCAACGCAGGAACAGGAAGUAAAGAAGAUUUUCCACAAACGGGUACGAGCGCAUUGCGCGGAGGAAAUUAAAGCUUUUGCUCAAUGCGCGGUUAAUCGGACGGUUACUGCUACGUGGGUGUGUCGGGAUCAACGGUUGACGAUGAACUCGUGUAUGCUUGCGCAUGCGAAGCCUGAGGAGGAGGACCGGGCGAGGGAGGAGUGGUUUGCGACGCAUGAGGAGAGGCGGAGGGAGAAGGAGGAGGAGAGUAGGAGGGUGGAGCAGAGGAGGGCGGAGAUUAUUCGGAUGAUGAGGGAGGAUGAGGCAAGGUCGAAGAAGAGGUGA